GAAAAGUGUUGACAGCUGAUUAUUUGUCAUGUAAUUUUUCUGAGGAUAUUUAUCGAUAUUAUUGUAAUUUAACGUUUUUUAAGUUUUUUUUAAGAAUAAAAAAGUGUUGAUUAUUAAAAAGAGUUAAAAGAUUCACUUGUGUGUAAAGUUGUAGUGUUUUACUACAAUCAUGUCUCACUAUAGUGAUGCUGAAGAUUCUUUAAAAGAUGCAUUUGAUGAAGGUAUUCGUAAAAGAAAAAGGUGGGAUUUGGAUACUGAAUCCAUAGCAUCAGAAAUUAAGGAUUUAUUAGAUGAAGAUGUGAAUUCUUUGGGAAUUUUCAUGUUACAGGUAGAGGAAGAAUGUAUAGGGUGUCCUCUACCUUCGACACCUGAAGAUGAAAACAUUUUGGAAUCGGAAAUGAGCGAUGUGCUCAAAGCUGCAGUUUUAGCAAAUUUCCCGAAUUUUUCAGGCGAUGAGUUGGACAUUAGUGCUUUGGCGCACAAUGCUGCAUCUCAAGCUGAACAUGUCGUACGAAAAAUGAUUCAGGCCGGCUGGUCGGUAUGCCAUUUCAGAAAUUUGCCUGCAUGGCUUCAGGACAACGAUUUUCUCAUAUUCGGACACCGACCGCCCCUACCUAGUUUCCGGGCUUGUUUUAAAAGUAUUUUUAGGUUGCAUACUGAAACCGCAAAUAUUUGGACCCAUUUGCUGGGUUGCGUCGCUUUUAUUGGUAUAGCAAUCUUUUUCCUAAUGAGACCAAUGAUGGAAAUUGAAUUACAGGAAAAAAUCGUCUUUGGUGCAUUUUUCGCAGGUGCUAUAAUCUGUCUGGGUUUUUCGAGUCUAUUCCAUACAUUAAAUUGCCAUUCUCAAUUCGUUGGCAAACUAUUUUCCAAGUUAGAUUACUGUGGUAUAGCUCUGUUAAUUAUGGGUUCUUUUGUACCAUGGCUUUACUACGGGUUCUACUGCCAUUUUAAACCUAAAGUCGUUUAUUUAUCGGUAGUCUGCGCCUUGGGAAUUACCUCUAUUAUGGUUAGUCUAUGGGAUAAAUUCUCUGAGUCUGGAUGGAGGCCUUUUAGAGCUGGCGUUUUCAUGACUUUCGGACUUUCUGGAAUAAUACCAGCUAUACAUUACGGAAUUGUCGAGGGAUGGUUUAAUACGGUCAGUCAAAAAUCCCUAGGCUGGUUGAUCCUCAUGGGGCUUCUCUACAUAAUGGGCGCAAUUCUCUACGCUCUUAGGGUACCAGAACGCUGGUUCCCUGGCAAAUUUGACAUUUGGCUGCACUCGCACCAAAUUUUCCACGUUUUCGUACUAGGGGGCGCCUUAGUGCACUACCACGGUAUAUCGGAGAUGGCCAUGCACAGGGUAACUAUAGGGCAAUGCGAAAUGGCGGACAACCCCAUUUAUUAAAUAAAUUUAGGAAAAUAAAAAAAAAUACUGAGUUUACCAUACACAUAUACCUACAAUAUUUUUUGGGUUUUUCCUGACCAACACUAUAAACCAAAGAUUGAUAUACAUAUAGUUUAAAUAAUUCAAAUAAAUAAAACGAAUUUAAUUUAUAAUUUUUUUAAAGGCUUAACUUAACUUAAUUUUUUUACAGUACAA